AUGGAUCCACGUGGAUUUAAAAUGAUUCAGCCACUACCAGAGUGCGUGAAGGAAAUGGGUGUGACAGGGGUGCAAGGAAAGCUGCUUGCAUACAGAUUUGUACAGUUAAAGUUGCUGUUUUGAUCUAACACCAAAAUUCUCAUAACUAAUUUAAAAUGAAAUGAGUAGCAGCUAGAAAUGAAAUUGCAGGCAGAACGAGAUCUAAAAGAAUCAGCCACACUCCAUGUGACAAAAACACCUGAAGUAGGCAUAGCACAUGUCAUAAACUGUAAAGACUACAGUGACUUCUCUAAACUGUGUAGAAUAACUGCCUAUGUCAUACGCUUUGUGAACACCAUUAAGGCAGGUCCUCAAAGCCUGUACGUCCUGUUGGUUCUAGAAGUCUUAACGGUGAAGAAGUGUUGUUCAGUGAAUCGUUGUGGAUAUUGGAGUCUGAGAAGUCUUUGCUGCUGA